CAAUCGAACCCACGCACUAGGCCCUCGGAGCGCAUCUCUCCACCAUUUCGUCUCCCUCCUCCCGCCACGCUUCUUGUGCAUAUAUAUCCAUCCUCAUCCACUCCCUCAAGGCGAAGGUAUCCCAAUGCCUCCCGAACGCACAAGUGGUGGCUCAGGCACCAAGCGCAAAACAACCGCUUUCAAGCCCCCUACUCGAACGAAUUCCAAGCCCUCCUCCACCGGCGGCAAGACAUCUGCUGCAAAAGCGUCAUCGGCACGAUCGGUCGCAGUCGAUGUGGAUGAUAAUGAUGACGCAGACCAGGAACCUGCACCUGUCGCCAGCCAAGACCAGACGCCUACGAUACCGGCAAAGCUAUUGACAAGGCUGCUUCAUGAGCAUUUUGAGGAUGAUCGCACUAGGAUAAGCAAAGACGCGAGCCAAGCUAUGCAGAAAUACAUGGAGGUCUUUGUCAGAGAAGCCCUUGCGCGGGCGGCAUUCGAGAGACAGGAGAGUGGGGUUUCAAGGCGGGGAGAUGCCUUUCUGGAGGUCGAGGAUCUGGAAAAGCUGGCACCGCAAUUACUGCUUGAUUUUUGAACUAAUAUACGGAUCCUAUUGAGACCUGGUUAUAAUGGAGUUUAUAUGGUUUAAUGAUGGGACGUUUUGAGUUACAGAGCAAUGAGAUACAGGCGUUGCGGUGGGCAUGGGCAGGGUUACAUUUGAGGUAAUUCCAUUAUAUACAUUGUAUCCUUAGGAGCAUGGGAAGAGAUAUUGCCUGCAAAUUGAACACGG